UGGGACUCUUCAGCUACGUCACCGUGUCGGGAGCAGAGGCGUCGUAGAGUUUCGCCCGGUUGACAUUCCCGGAGGAAGAGGAGGGUGUGCUCGACAUUUACCUGUCCGCUGUUACCUGCUCCUCUUGUCGUGUUGAGAAACUUGUCGGUCGUCGAGUUUCAGCCACUUAAACACUGGCUUCACUCAGGAGUAAGACGGAGAAAGCAUUAAAGGAUGCGAAGAAGUUCCUGACUCGUGGCCCCAACAUGAGUGUGACAUCAUGGUUUUUGGUCAGCAGCUCUGGCACGCGCCACCGGUUGCCACGGGAGAUGAUCUUCGUCGGACGUGACGAUUGUGAGCUAAUGCUGCAGUCUCGAAGUGUGGACAAACAGCACGCCGUGAUCAACUACGACCCAAACACAGACGAGCACAUGGUGAAGGACCUCGGCAGUUUGAAUGGGACAUUUGUGAAUGACCUCAGAAUCCCAGACCAGACUUACAUCAUCCUCAAGCUCUCAGAUGUCAUUCGCUUCGGUUAUGAUGCUCAUGUAUAUAUCCUGGAGAAGAGUCAACACAAAGUCCCAGAGGAAGCUCUUAAACAUGAAAAGUACACCAGCCAGUUGCAGCUUAGUUUAAAAGCCCUGGAGGCCAAGGUGAAGGAAAAACAGCAGCUCCAGAGCUCAGAGAAGAGCAAAGAUGCUAUUUCCAAUGUUAAGCCACAGGACAGAACUGAGCGAAGAGCCCAGUCACUCACAGCUGCCACAGAUUCUCCGAUAUCCAAGCCUACUCCUCUGUACGGCCAACCAUCCUGGUGGGGGGAGGAUGAGGACAACAACAAGCACAACAGAGGUGGAAAAUCGCCAGAACAGGAGUCUCCAGAGCCUGCUAAAGAUGGGUCCAGAUAUGAGGUCAAUGGUUCUCUGUCUGACAGUCAGGCCAAGUCCAUCUUCUCCUACCGCAGGGAGGCCAGCUACUUUGAGAUCCCAACAAAGGAGCACCAGCAGCCUUCUCCUAAGAAACCUGAGUCGCAAGUUCAUGAAGUUCCAACUAAGGACAGUCCAGAUCCCUCCCAGUCUGUCCCCUCUACCACCACACCUUCUGCGGUCCAAAGCCAUGCCUCCUUCACCAUUGAAUUUGAUGACUGCUCACCAGGCAAAAUUAAGAUCAAGGACCACGUGACUAAGUUCUCUUUCCGACAACAGCGAAAACUACCUUCCAUAGAUGUUGUUACCACACCCACUGAGAUGAUGUCAGCAGAAAGCAAAGUUGCUGAUUGGCUGGUCCAAAGCAAUGCUAGCAUGAUAAGGAAGAGGUCACAGACUGAAGACACGUAUAGCACCAACAGUGAUCCGUCACUUCUAAAGAUGACCAAGGAAAACCACGGUGAGGAUGGUACUCAAAGUGAUUCAGGGAAUCAUGCAACCAAUGGAAAAGAUUUUCUACAAUCAGAACCUCAGAUUGGGUCCCAGGUGUCUCCGCAACCCCUGAGAGCCUCCCCACCACAACGCUUCUCCCCUGACUCUGAGGAGCCUUUGUCUUACUCUCCUCCAGAGUCUCAGUCCCUUUCCAGUCUUGGCAAGGCUGAUCCUCAACAAGCCUUUAUCAUUGAGUUCUUUGAUGAUAACUCAAGAAAGAAGCGUUCCCAGUCCUUCACCAGUAACACUGCCCUGCCUGAUCCACCAGGCCUCAGGGCCCAGCUGGAGAAGACAAAGAAAAGCUUGAGCCCAAAUGGGGAGAAACAUGUCCAAUCUUCAGCCUCCACCACUCCCCCAACCCAAAGAUAUACGAUCCCCCUAAAGGGUUCUGCUUCCACAGGUCCCCAAAGAGCUGGCUCUCUAAGAAGGGAGAAGACAGAGGACCGGAUCAGUAGCAAGUAUUCCUCUCGCUCUUCAUCCUCUCUUUCUGCAAGGCCUUUUAGCAGUGUGGGACGGAGAUCCAAACUCACCCAGGAAUUUAGUACUGAAUUGCUUAGACAAACAAGGCAGGCCUCUACUGCCACCUGGGAGAAAAAUACAACCAGUCCCCCAACAAAAUCCCAAAAGGGGACGAAAGUGGUAUCACAGUCUGAUCAGGGGUCCCCUAGCCCUCCUCCAUCUAAUGCUCCCUAUCAGCCCCAGACCUCCUCCCCUAUCCACCAGCCUGUUUCCCUCAAAGCUCCAGUGAUGCCCCUGUCAUCUCAGAGCAUGGAAGUCAAGAGCCCCCAUGGUGGCCCCAGAAACGAAGAGGAGGACAGUCUGAGUGACGCAGGAACCUACACCGUUGAAGCUGAUAUCCAAGAUAAAGAGAUAGAAGUGGCAAGGAGCAAAAUUGAUCAGGCAAGUUUCUUUCUACAUUUAAUGUUUGUGUUUGGUGUUGUUGAGAGCCCAGAGCGAACCAACAAGACUGAAGCAGAAACAUCAGCAACAUUUAGGCCUGGUUUUGUUCAGGGCAGGGAGCAGCAUAGGCAGAGUAGCUGUGGGGAGGUGAGGCCAACUCCAGAACAGGGACAGAGUCUGUUAAAGGUAAAGCCAGCAGGUGCAGUGUUACAGGGGGCUCCUAAGUGGAUGUCUUGCUGGGCCAGCUUGGCAGACAGCUACACAGAAUCUGGCCCUUUGUCUGGCCUCUUUGACACCCCUUCCCAGAUGGAGCUGUCAGGAGGGGCACGAGGUACAAACGUCCACAAGGCGACGCUCAGCAGAAGCCAUGACAGCGGUGACUCUGAAGGCUCAAGAGCUCGACGCAUCCUGCCCCAGGUACCGCAGGGGGAGAAGAAUGACAUUCCAGCUCCCAGCAUUCAUGUUCAUUAUGACCCACAUUCAACCUUUAAUGUAGAGGAGAAUAGUUUGGUGGCCCCCAGGUCCCAGGAAAGCAUUCAUAGGUUAUCAGUGCAGGAUGACGUAGAGCCUGACAGUCUGAGUGAUGCCAGCAAGUCAGAUGACAGUUCCAUCAUUGAGCAGAGGAGACUGCUGUCAGACACAGAAGAGAAGAAAAAUGAGGACAAGCCCAAACUCCCAGCCAAGUCUACAUCAUUCUACAUCGGGUCAGAGGAGGCUGUGUGCCGACCAGAACGAGGAGGCUCAAAACCGAACACUCCUAAGGCUGAGAGAAAACAACCAACCAAAACAUUCUCAACGGCCACCCUGACCAAACAGAGAGGUAACCAGGACUCUGGGAAAGUCAAGCCCAGCAUGUCAGCUCCAAUCCUGGGCCAGGGGACACAGAGCAACGACUUUAAAGAAGGUACAGUAUCCCCAUUAAUCAGACAAGAGAGCUUCACCAAGGAGCGGCCUAGCAAUGCCAGAUUGCCCAACAUCUCUAGUGAGCCUCCUCAAAGAGAUCCAGACCCCAACUUAUUCCAGGGAUCCUGCAAACAGGACACUCAUUCUUACCUCAAACAGACAGAAGAUGUUCUGGCUGUUCUGGAGGCCAAGCUCCAAGCAGGACAACCAGAAACAACUCCGUCUCCUAUAAUGGACUCUUUCUCUGGGGAGUCUGAUGUAGAUACCUCCAGCACAGUCAGCCAGCAUAGCAAUAAGACCAAGCCAAUCACACUGACUAAAAAACCCUCUAUUAGUAGCUUUCACAGGGAGAGGUCUUCAGCCAGUAUAGCUAGUCAGGACUCAAACCACCAGUCCUCCACUUCUGAGCGCCUGUCAGAAAAACGGCGCUCUCAGGGAACAGACAGCAACGUUAAAACUGAGUCUGUGAGGAGACCAGUUGGACUUAGACGUAGUGCUGGGAAACGCGGCUCCACAGACCUCAGUGAUGACCCUCACAGCUCCAGUGUACCUUACUCUGAUCAAGAGUCAAACACCCACCAAACCCGCAAGAAAUACACUGUGUCCCUUCAAAAGGAGGACACCAAGAGCUCCCGAGUGUUGACUCGCGCUAACAGCUUGUCAGCCCCAAGACCCACCAGGGCAUCCAUGCUUCGGAGGGCUCGCCUUGGCGAAGCCUCUGACAACGAGGGUACUGAGACUGACAGGCUGUCCCAGGAGGCAGACAACAUCCAAGCUAAGCAGCCCCAGGAAAACAAGAAACUCUCCAGGUUGGAUAUGCUGGCGAUGCCUCGUAAGCGGACGAGCUCAUUCAACACACCCAGCGACACCGAGACCUCCUCCACCCCACAGUGGACAGGCAAGAGCACAGGAUUCUCCAACCGUAGCACAGAGUAUGGCAGCAGCUCGGUCCGCAGGGCCUCUGCUCCGGGCCCGAAACCUGUAGAAAGGCCACAGAAAGCAGCUCUCAACAGGACACCAGUCACUCGCGUACGUUCCAGCAGUGCCAAAUAUGCCAGUAGCACAGCAAGUUCCAGAAGACGACAGAAAGGCUCUGACUAUACCUCUACCUCAGACGAGGAGUACGACUCAAACCAGAGCACUCCUAAACAUAAACGCUCCCAACCUUCCUCAGCUUCUCAUAGCCCACGCAGUCAUCCUCGGUCCCAGCCGGUGGUCGCGCUCCGUCCGAAACCUCGCUGCAGAGAUUCUGAGGACGAGAACCAUGAGGGAGACGCCUUCCACAAUUGGUCCUCCCACAGUGCUGAGAUUGCACGGUUGAGUCAAGACCUGGCUAAAGACCUUGCUAUCUUGGCCAGAGAGAUUCAUGAUGUGGCGGGUGACGGUGAUCCUCAGAGCUCUGCAAUGGAGAGCGGCGUACCUGUCUCCACAGUGACCGCUCAUGAACAGCUGGUUCACCAUAUUCCAGAGGCUGGAUUAAACUACCAGAGAGUCCCACCAAAUUCUGCAUCAACAAUGGACACAGACCAGAACUUGAGUGACCGUGAACAGAGCUCCAGGCAGCGAGCUCGGAAGAGAGAAGAGGCCAUUGUUGACAAUCUGAUGCUGAAUCCAGUGUCUCAGAUCAUCGCAGCCAUCAGAGAGAACACUGAGCAACUCGCUGAGAAAAUUAAGGUACUGUUUCAGGACAGGAUGGAUGUUUGGGAAGAAAUUGAGUCCAAAGUUAAUUCUGACAGUGAGGUCCCAGUUGUCAAAACCUCCAACAAGGAAAUCACAUCUAUUUUGAAAGAACUCAGGAGAGUUCAAAGACAACUUGAGGUCAUUAACACAGUCGUGGAGCCCGGUGGGCCUGAAGAGACCAGGGCCUCCUCAUCGUCUGGAGUUCGGCUCUCCAGAUCAUCGUCCUCGCGAGACUGGAGAACAGUCCACUCUGCCUCCAAACGAGGUGGCGGCCCGAGGCCCAGCGAGAGUGUCAGGAGAGCGGCUGUGACACCAGAUGAUCUCAGAGAGGGAUAUUUAGUUUGAGAUGACACAAACACACAGGUUCCACCCGUCCUGAACUUCUGCUACAAACGCAGCUGCUGGACCAUUGUGCAGAAAGUGAAACCAAGAGGGGGAAGUGAAACCAACAACUUCCUGCACAUCCAAACAUUCACACCUCUACACUAUGGGCACUACACACCUUCACUGUACUCAGUGGUGUAACACACAGGCAAGCCUGCACUAAACGCCCUUAAAAUAAACUUGGUGUGAGGCUCUCAUAUGAGGUGGUGAUUUAAGGAAGAACCAUAAUAUUGAAAUAGAUCUAUUUCACCUCCAACGGACCUCAAAACUAUACUUGAUUCUGUGUGUGUUUGACAUCAGCCUCGUUAUUUGCCAAUGAUACGACCAACAUUGCUGAUUUUUGAAAGCUUAAUGAAAUUACUCGGUUUAAUUGAAAACCAGCCUGAGCAUAAUCAACUCAGGGAAAUCUUAUAAAGAUAUCCGUGUUUAGUGACAAAUCAAAUUUUUGAGAAGUUAUUCAUAGAUAUUUGUUCUAAGUAGAAAAGAACUGCAGUUACAGCUUGCAGUUGUUGGUGUACUGUGUAUAUUCAGUAAUUCCCCGUUGCAUUUCCCUUUUUUUCAUGUUAAUGUCUUUUGUUUGCCACUUUCCUCAUUGUUCACCAGAUUUAGAGAAGAAUGUAAAAAGUAUUUAUUAGGGGAUUUUUGUGAGACGUUUGUGGUAAUUUAUAACUGAAACAAGAUGACUUUGAUAGAGAGUUGGUAGACUCAAGUGCCAGACCAAGUAAUGUUGUAUUCACAAUUGUGUGUAUUUAUUCUGGUAACAUAUCUCAGUGUAGCGACUCUGUUCACGCCCUUCUCAGUACUUUGACACCAUCUAUUUUGUCCAACUGGGGGUGAAAAUCCCUCAGGAAUGUGUGGUCCGAAUAGAGGGAGGGGCUCAGUCACCGGGCAACCAGAAAUGCAAGUGGCUGUAAAACACUACAAAUUAGUUUUCAGUCAUUCCUCAUGAGCCCUAUACUUUUAGAUAAGAUUUGUAUCAAACACAAAUGGCUUAAACUUGUUCAGACAAUCAAAACGACUGACAAGAAUGAGACUCCUUUAUCUGUGUUUAUCAGUGACACAGUAUUCUGCUACUGAGCAUAUCACACCACACCUAAACUAUCCAUAUGGUUGUUGUUAUACACUAAGAGCUAUCAGAGCACUGUGAUGCAUGUUUGACAUUUCCUCUGAAGUCACAUGAUGGGUCCUCACAUGACAGGAGAAGUCAUGUAAAUUCCCAUUGAGGUGUAGAAAUUGUAGAUGUUGACGUCAGUCUGUAAAUAUCUAAAGAUAAUCUAUAUUUCCUACAGAAUACCUCUCAAUCUUUUGCACUAAUGGAGUACAUUAUCCCCUCAACCGUAUAUGCUGCAAACUGAAAGCCUUUACUCUCCUGUGAAAGAUUGUAAACAUUUGAUGAUUUUGAGGCUAAAGCAGGAAAGAAAGUAAUCCAGUUCACCAGCAAGUUUUUCUCCCCUCUUCCCAGUCCAGGUUUGUACAUGUGAUUGUAAUCGGGAAGUUUCCUCUAAGUGCCACAGAGCUGUGUGAGAUAAUGCCUCAUGCAGCCAAGCACAGUGGUUGUUUACAGGCAAGAAAUUGAAUGUUUGUCCUCUUUGACUCCUCUUGCUCAAAGUGUUGCUGCUAUUCAUCUUCUAUGGGAUUUUAUCUCCCCUUUUUUGCUUUACUCCAUCUAAGUCCAAGCUAAAGAAAGUCAGAGCUGAAAUUUAAGUCUAGUGUGUCAAAUUUGUGUCCCAUUUUUCAUAUUCAAUUUCGGUUACACAUUCUUUCAUGUAGAGUUAUAUUGUUAUCUUGCUGUCUUGUUGGUUGGUCUCUAUGUUUGGUUGUUUGUGUAAAUUGUUAGAAGAUGAUUUCAUGUUUUGUUUUUUUCAAAU